AUGGUGUGGGGUGGCAUUUCUUUGGAGGGCUGCACAGCCCUCCAUGUGCUCGCCAGAGGUAGCCUGACUGCCAUUAGGUACCGAUAUGAGAUCCUCAGACCCCUUCUACGUGGGAAAGCCAAACAGAGCAAAACUGUUAACUGGAUCUCCAUCCCUAAAACAAAUGAGGACAUCAAGGCCAACUCAGUCUGCAGUGUAGCUGGCUGGGGAAGAACAGGAUCCUCUAAACAUGGUAGCAAGCGUCUUGUGGAGACCAAUAUUACUAUUGUGGACGAAACAGAAUGUAAUAAACUCUGGGAGAACCGUCUGACCCCAAGGAUGAUAUGUGCACCUCAUCCUGGAGGAUCGUGCAAGGGAGACUCUGGAGGUCCUUUGGUGUGUGGGGACACUGCUGUGGGCAUUGCUUCCUUCAGUCAGAAGGACAAGUGUGAUGCACCCACGAAGCCAAAGAUUUUUACCGAAAUAUCAGAAUUUCUGCCCUGGAUCAAGACUGUUAUUGGGAAAGUUUAAUCUGCAUUUGACAAAAAACAAAACAUUCACCACAA